AGGUGGACAGAGAGCGCCUGCGCGGACAGCGGUUGGGUGAAGUCAGGUGUGGAAAACUAGGUCUUGGAGAUUUUUCCCUAAGCAGGAGCGGCCCCCGAGCGCCUCAGGUACGCGAAAAGGAGGGGAGACACCGAAUGGAUACCACGACCUCCCAAGGGACUGAAGAGUGAGAGUUUAUCUCUAGAGGCUGUGUCCCAAGGAGAGUUACGGUUUGACCCCCUGGGACUGAACGUGACUUCCGAGAUCCGGAUCUAAAGCGCGCUGGGGCGAUCAGGUGUCCACCCCCUGGCCCAACACCCUGGUACCCGGUGCGGUUUGUGCCAUCGGACAUUUGGGGAUGAGUGUUUGACAGCUGAGCACCCGCUUCCAGCCCGGGCGGCCCCAGCAGGGGAGAGCCCAGGGAGAGCUUUCCCUCGCGGGGCCAAGGCUCUCCCUCACCCUGUAAAAAUGUGGGCCUGGACUCAGAGCGGACUCUGCAGUUUGCGAGAACCGGGGCUAGUAAGGAACAGGCUGCCUGCUUUUUUUGUUUUGUUUUGUUUUGUUACAGAUGACCUUCAAUCUAAGGCCAUUUCCACCCAUUCCAUAAUAGUGUAUGGCAGAUCAGAUACGGGUGUGGCAGAAAGCCAGUGGCUGAACACCUGUGUCCCGUUCAUGUUUUGGUCCUGGGCCUCAGCAAUGUCUGGCACAGAACCCUCACUCACUGAGUGCGUACUGAAGCAAGGUCCAGGCCGAUCGAGCGCCACAGUCCCAGGAAACGAGAAAUGUUUAAAGGGAACGUGGGCAUCGGUCCAGGCCCUGAAUGGCUGGCCUCCAGUUGGCUCCACAUCUGCCUGUGGGCGUUAUGUUCCCACAUAGUAAAACAGAAGCGCCAGGGCUCCACUCAGCUAAGCACGACCCUUACGAACAACGUGACUCUUCCCAGCGGUCCUCGGUGGGACACUUGAGGAACAAUUUCCAGCAGAAGCAUUGGAGCAACACAGAACUGGAGCAGGAGGAGGGUGUCUCCACUUACCCCCAAAGGAACAUCUGCGCCAAAGCCCGGAGGCACUCCUGCCCCCACAGUGCCAGGAUCAGCCAGCGAAGCCCAGGGAGCAAUCCCCAGGGCCAAGGAAAGGCUUUGUCUUCCUUGUCAAGCCCUCCGCCCCGGUAUCACAAAGCAAACGACCAGGACUUCAUUCCCUUUAGGAAGAAGCGAAUUGGCGUGGACCGGGCAUACCCACUGAAACCCAUGGUCCACCGGAAGUCUCUCAGUACAGGCGAGGCAGGCACUGGUGAUGGAGACCAGAAUGUCUACCCAAGACUUCCUGAGUUUUCAGACAGCAACUUUGGUUUGAGGAGCUGGGUGAAUUCAUCUAUUCUUGCCUCUGUGCAGGCAGAGGAGGUCAUGGCAGACCUCCACAGGACCAGGCCCGAGUGGACGCAGAUCCAAAGACUAGAAGCUGCAGGGGAGACUUUACAGAGGGAAAUCCGAAGGAAGGAGACCCUCCUGAGAGAGAAGCUGAAGAAGACAGAGGAGGGUCUCCGAAGGAUCCAGAAGGAAAAGAAACAGGCCCAGCAAAAUGAAGACAGAGAGCUACCAAGGAUGAUGCCUGCCGGGAGAGUUAGAGAAAGUGGCUGCAAUGCCGCCUUAUCCCCCGAGUUCAGUUCUGAGAUGCUCAGUAGAAACAGGAGAGAGGCUCAACCUUGUGAACGGGCUCAGGAAGACUCCAGUCCACUCCAGUUCUCUGACUAUGAAAUCCAGAGGCUCAAAAGGGAAAGGCUGAUGGCCAGCAACCGCAAGGUGCGAGACUCAGCGACACCGGCAGAAGAGUUCUCGAAACCUUCAGAAGAGCUGGGUAGCACACCGCAGGCAUCAAGCCUGUCGGGAACGCCGGCCUCCUCGGAGUCCAGCUCCUCCACAGAAGAGCCAGAGCUGGGCAAGUGCAGCUACUGUGGACGCACGUUUCUUUGGCUCAGGCUGCAGAGACACUCUGCCGUCUGUGGCAAGAUGCAAGGGUCCAGGAGGAAAGUGUUUGACUCCUCCAGGGCCCGGGCUAAAGGCACAGAACUAGAGCAGUUCUUGAACUGGAAGGGGCCAGCCACAGCCAAGACUGAACCUCCUCGGAAGAGCACCUGGAGACAGAAGCAUGAGUCUUUUAUCCGUACCCUCCGCCACGCUCGCCAGGUCCAGCAGGUCAUCGCCAAAGGUGGGAACCCCUCAGACUUGCCUCCUGUCCUGCCAGCCGAAAACCCAGACUAUGUCCAGUGUCUUCACUGCAGCCGCCACUUUGCUCCCAAGGUGGCUGAACGACACAUACCUAAGUGUAAGACCAUCAAGAACCGUCCUCCACCUCCAAGGAGGUAUGACAGCUGAGCAGACAAAGGCAGAAAACUGCCUUGUGUAGAUCAGGAGGCUGUGUGUACCUUCAGCAGUAAACCAGAGGAAGCGAUAGAAAGCAAGGGAAAAAAAACUUUUCCAGAACUCAGGAUCUGCCUGCAGAGCAAAACUGCCCCGGAGGAGAGCCUGCUACCUGGCAGGAGGCAGAUGGAAGCCCCAGUGUCCCACUGGGUCAUAACCGUGGCUGUGUUUAUGUUCUUGCCUCAAGAACUGGUGUGUAAGGAUACUGGAUAGUGAGGCUGCAUUAAAGCUCUUGUCUCCUGAGUCUGACCAUGGUUUGUGCUGGGGAAGUGCCUGUAUUUAGUUGUGUUUUCUGGCCAUGGCACAUAUCCAGGGUUUCUGUUAGCCCUCUUGCUCUUCAAAGUAGGGGUAUAAGGAUGAGUAAGUUGAAGUCAGAGAGUCAUUGUCAUAUGCACAUGUUAGCUCUAAUAAAAGAUAGCAAGAUUC